GGCACGAGGCCGCCGCGGGGGAAGAGGGGGAAGAGGGGGAAUUGGGAACUGCGGGGGCGAUCUGGUGGUCUUGGCAGGUAGACCUGUGGCGGUGAUCGGACCAAGGCCCCCCCACCCCCCAAGGCUUCCAAGGUCUCUCUCGUCCCUCGUCCCUCGUCCCCCGUCGCGCAGAAAGAGCCCACGAUUCCAGAGCUCUCUGCCAACUCCAGGACGGCGGGCUGUGCCAAUCUGACGCUUUGUUGUCGAAGGAAGCUGGAGCAGAUCGAUCGCUCGCUCGAUCACAGCGGAUUGCAUUCGGCGCAACGUCGCAUUGGAGUUCCUUCUGUUUGGUUUCUUGUGCCGCUCGACUUCGGAGCCCGGAGAUCGAUCGUCGGAGUUCCUCGCAAGAUCGACUGUUGACCUGCACGUCUCUGCGGCUUCUCUUCCUCUUCCUCUUUGCAGUGAGCGGCAGGCGGGCUGUUUGCUGGAAAUUGGAGACCGGUGCUCUUCGCUUCCUGUGGAACUUAUUUUUAUAAAUUUUUGCUGAGACCAGGUCAGGCUAGCGAAGAUGUCGAACCAAGCGUUGUUGAUCGAGAAGAUGCAGUCGCGGCAGUCAUACCGCAAUGUGUGGCACACAGAUCUUAUGCACACCGCACAAGCAGAUUGUCCAUAUUUCUGCUUCGCUUUGUGGUGCGCUCCCUGUGCCUCGUAUCUGCUGCGGAAACGUGCUCUGCGCAAUGACAUGAACCAAUACGUUUGCUGCGCUGGAUAUAUGCCAUGCAGCGGUAAAUGUGGAGAAAGGAAGGCGCCAGAGUUUUGCUUGUGUGCCGAGGCGUGGUGCUGUUUCUCAAUCUCCGUGCAGUCAACUCGGUUUUUAUUGCAAGACGAAUUCAACAUCCAAACCACAAAAUGCGAUAAUUGUAUCAUCGGUUUCAUGGUUGUCUUACAACAACUCGCAUGUAUAUGCUCCAUCAUCGCAUGUCUCGUCGGAAAUGACGAGCUCAGUGCUGCCUCCAACGCACUAAAUUGCGCCGCAGACUUAGUGUUCUGCACGGUCUGUGGGUGCAUGCAGACUCAACACAAAGUCGAGAUGGACAAGAGAGAUGGAAUGUUCGGAGACGUAACAAUGCAACCACCGGCCCAAGUAGUCAUGUCUCGAUUCGAUCAGCCAACUCCACCCGCCGUGGGAUAUCCUCCACACUAUCCCAAUCAAUAUCCCAAUCAAGCUCCUUACCCCAACGUACCUCCUGGAUACCCCAACCAAGCUCCAUAUCCAGGCCAAGCUCCAGGAUAUCCAGUGUAUGGUGCUCCUCCGCCACCAGCCUAUGGCCAACAAUAUCCCCACUAUGGCUGAACAGAAUCGAUGGUCAAACGCUGAUUAGUGUUCGACCUGAAAUCUGUUGGAGGGACAUUUACUUGUUGUUUGAAAAUAGAGUACCUUUCGUUGGCAGGAUUUGCAGUUUUCAUCUUAUCGGGAGGGUUCAGACCCUGACCCAGCUCAAAGUGUGUAGAGGUCAAACAAACACAUGCUGCCGAGUAGAUCCGUGACCUCGUGCACACCAUAGGAUAGGUUCGUUAGAUUCUGGGUGAGCCAGGUGCGGACUUUCAGAUCAGGACCUUUCCUCAUACAAUGAUUGUGAAGGCGUCGGCCUUUACCAAGGUAUGCUUUUCAAAUGCAAUGUGAUCCUACGCUUUUGGGGCAGGCCGGAGCUGCACCUGAUCAGGAAAGAAUCCAGGAAUCAUCCGAAUUUCGUUGCGACCGGAGAAUUCAUCGCCGUAUGGCGAUAGGUAGACUCUUUCCGAUAAGAGAUAUGGUCGAUUCUAGUUCACAUGCGAUUUCUUAGACUCUGCUCCCGGGUAAGUCUCCACUACCCAGUAUCGUCCCGUAAAAAUAAAUUAUGUGAUGGCUGCGUUAUUGUAGGAGAAAGGACAGCUCUUCUUAGCUUUGCUUCACCAUCGUGGAAGGUAGUGCCGAAAUUUCUGCACGCCGAUGCCGAAAUUUCGGUAAUUAUUUAUACAGCACUCUUGUCGAUGAGUAUAUUGUGUAUAGCUUCUGACCUGCGUCGAAUGACGAAGUAAACUACAAUUUUCCGC